AGCUGGGUCUGGCCUUAUGGCACACUUAUCGCACAGCCCGGUAACUCCAUCACCGUGCUUUAGCUGCAAACCCCGCAACCACCGAGAAUCCCUUAGUCGCUUUUAGGAUGCCGAAGCAGAAAACGCAACUUUUCUGCCGGGAAUAAGGAGUCUCCAGCGACCCUUCAAUGCAGAGCAGCAGCGCCUGGCGACGCUUUCUGCCCGGACAAGAAUGAAAGGCCGGGAACGCCGUCCCUGCGCCUCGGAGCGGCGGAAGAGGGGCAGCAUUGUGAGGGGGAACGGAAAGCUCCGGGCCGGGUUUCCCGGCGUCCCGAUGCCAUCCGGGUGGGAAGAAUUUAAGCGGCAGCGAUCCCAGGAGGAGAGGGAGCGUAGACGUGUGGUGGUUGUCUUUGCAGGUCGUUUCCUUUUUCGUCCUCGGGCCCCGCUUGUCGACCUUCUCCUGCGGGCUCCGCGGAGGGCUCGGGCCGCUGGGCCAGUAGCGGCCGCGGCCCUGCCUGCCGCCGGUGCGGCGCGUCUGGGCAGGGCCCCUGAGCCUCGCCAGGCACGGGUGCGACUGCUGGCCGGUGCCGUUGCCCGCCCCGCCGGCGGCCAGGGCUUCCGCGGCGCGCUGCAGGAAGCGCGGCCGGGCCGGCGCGGCCUCAGCCGGCAGGGAGCCCGCUUCCCGCUGCAGGGAAGCGCCCGCCCUCUGUGUCGUUCGCGGCCUGCUUGCUGGACCUGUGGGAUUUAAGAAUAUUUCUCCUAAGAAAAUUUCCUGCUUCUACAGCCUUCAACCUUAGCAUGCAAUUGGUGAUUUCGCUUGAGACACUCAUCUGAAGAACCUUAAGACUAGGCAAGCUGCAGUUGCUGCUUUAAAAAUGUUCAAAGUUCAGCAGUGUGUAACAGCUAAUAGGAUGCCCAAGAAAAAGCCAUAUAUAUGUGACAUUUGCUAUAAACAGUUUGAAACUCCAUCCAAAUUAGCUAGGCAUUUUCUGAUACAUACUGGUCAAAAGCCAUUUGAAUGUCACAUAUGCCAUAAAACAUUUAGGCAGUUAGUCCACCUGGAGAGGCAUCAGUUAACCCAUAAUCUGCCUUUUAAGUGUAUUGUUUGUUACAGAAACUUCAAAAACUUAUUCACUUUAUUAAAGCAUCAGCAGCUUCAUAAUGAGAAAUGUCAGAAUGAUACCAAGCAAGCAGAAAGCUCUGUGAAGUCUGAGCAAGACAGAGUCACUCCUGGUGUAUUUCAGUGUUCGCUGUGCUGGAAAUCUUUCACAACUGAAGAGAGGUGGAUGCUGCAUCAGUGUCUGAAAGGAGAUCAUCUACACGGUGCCAGAAGGAGAAAGAAAACUCAUGCUUGUGAAUCAUGUAAGAAGACAUUUCCAUCAAGAUCUAAGCUAGCAAGACAUUUCCUUAUUCACACUGGCCAGAAACCUUAUAAGUGUUCUCUGUGUGGUAAAUGUUUCAGACAGUCAACACACCUGAAAAUCCAUCAGCUCACACACACAGAAGAAAGGCCUUUUCAGUGCUGCUUUUGUCAGAAAGGGUUUAAAAUACAGAGCAAACUCAUAAAGCACAAACAGCUCCACACCAGAAAUAAGACUUUCCCCAAUAUUGUACACAGAGCAAAGAGUCUUAAAUAUCCCAGACCACACAACCUGGUGGAAGGAAAGAGGAGUAGUUUUGAGGCUGCUGACACUUGUGAGCUGCAGGAAAAUGACCCACAUGAUGUUCACACAAUUUACAUUGUACCCUUUCAGUGCCCAACGUGUGAGCAGUGUUUUGAAACUGAGCAGGUUCUAAAUCUGCACAAAUGUUAUCUGAAGGAUGGCAAAAGUUCAAGCAGUGGUACAACAGCAUGUGGCCAAACAGGCGGCGUCAAAAAUAAGGUUCUAAUGAAACUGAAGCAUACCAGAGGAAAGGCAACAGAUUUUUCUCUGUCUGGCAGAAGAAAUAUAAAAUCGGGUCACUUUAAAAGUCCUGACCUGGUUGCAGCUAAAGAUCAACGUUCUGAGCAGCAUUCUUCCACUAAACCUCUCAAGGAUUGCUGUGGCAAGCUUGACAUGUGCAGGGCGCUUAGUAAUCGGAUGAAGCGGACAUUUGCUGUGCCACUGCCUUGGCAAGAGCACCCACAACCUCCCAACUUUGGGCUUCAUUUAAAAGGUAUGCUCACUGGGGAAGGCAUGUUAGACAUCCAUGAGUCGCUGGAUAAUAAAGAUGAUGUUUUUUAUGGUUCAUCAGGCGAUAGUUUCUUUGAUAAGCCAGAGGUACUUCACUGUGUGUUUUCAGCUUCUGCUAAAAAUAGACAUAGCAGGCACAAAGUGUGUAAAUGUGACAGAUGUGAAAAGAUCUUUCCCUCUUCAUCUAAACUUCAAAGGCAUUAUCUUACACACACGGGACAGAGGCCCUUUGGCUGUAGUAUUUGUGGGAAGAUGUUUAGACAGUCAGCUCACUUGAAAAGACAUCAGCUCACCCAUACUAAGAAGAGACCCUAUAAAAGCCCAGUUUGCCGGGUAGAACUUGAAAACCUGAGCAAACUUUCCAACCAGCAGGGUGAUGACAUUGAAUUUAAGCCUCCUCAGUCUCCUCAGACAUCUUUACAACCAUCCAGCUUUCAAGAGUUUGAGCUGAUUGAGUCAAACCAAGCAACUGAAAUCAAAGUUGAAAUCAAGUCAGAGGACUUUGUUCUUGACACCAGCAGUAAAGACACACAGCCUUACUUGUGUGGUAAACUGGUGGAAAAGGAGCAAAGCCAUUCCAGCUAUUUGCAUGAUUUUCCUAAAGACACUAAAAAAAGUCACGUUGGUAAGAAAUUCCACCCAUGCAGCAUCUGCCACAAAGCUUUUAAAACGCCUUCUAAGCUUGAAAGACACUUCCUAAUGCAUGCUGGAAAGAAGCCAUUUGUGUGCUUAGUGUGUGGUAAAAAUUUCAGGCAGGCCCCACAUUUGAAAAGGCAUCACCGUAUUCACUCCAGAGAGAGCUUAAAGCUGAGCUCCACUGAGCAACGACCAGAGAAUAUAUUGGCUUUAUCAAAAGUGGAUAAUGGUCUAUGAAAUGAGAUAUUAACCUUUUUUUGUUGCAGAAUUAUUAAAAGGCUUAUUUUGGAAUGAACAGUUGAGUGAAGGGAAUUAUCUCUUCCUUUUGUGGAGAUGACCUCAUGAAGAGUUUAUUUGCUGUCUUCAACACUAAUUGAAUGUGAUAAGAUGUUUAAAACAAACAACAAAAAAAGGCAACAAAAAAAAUCCACUUUGCAUUUUUCUUCCUUAAUUUAUAAAUGCAUAAUCUGUGUUAGUAGUGUUGUAAUGAUAUGCAGUGCUUCAUCACACCGAUAUUUGAAGUUCUGUCUUUUCCCAUAUAGGACUAUAUGCUGCCUAGAGAUAAUUAUCAGAAAAUAAUGAUUAAAAAAGUUAAUUUCCAGAAUACAGAAAAAAAAAUGGCCCUUUUACUUUUUUCUGGCUCUGUAGAUGUUGCAAACGAAAGAGUAUUUGCAGUACUUUUAUUUAAAAAAAACCUUUUUUUUUAGUGGGGAAAAGAAAGUAGAAAAAAGGGAAAAGUUUAAUGAGGCAUAAAAACAAUGUUUUUGUGGCAUUAUAGGAUAGUUACUAGAAGAAAUUCAACUGCUUAGUAAUGCACUUGCAGAUCUGUGGGUGAGGAAUUGGAUCUUUUUUGCUUGGAAUGAUGAAAUAUUAAGCAGACAAUGCUAAAAUAGCAGGGCUUAUAAUCAUAGGAUCAGACAAGGUUGGAAGAGACCACUAGGAUCAUCUAGUUCCAACCCCCCUGCCAUGGACAGGGACACCAAACACUAGAUCAAGCUGUCAAUGAAUCAAUUAUUAAUGAAUCUGUUUCACCACUACAUUAUCUCAACUUCUUUGUAUGUUCCUUGCGUUUCCUAAGAUGUCUUUUUUUUUUUUUUUCCAAUUCAUACAAUACUAAACUAUUUUUCUGCAAGAGGACAAGAAGUUGUUGUUAACAUUACAGAUGGGUGGCUUAUCCGCCCUGGACUCCUUUCCUUUUAGUGUAGAUACUGCAUCAGCAAAAGAAAUGCUCUCUGAGAUGUGAUAAUAACUCAGAGCAGCCAUUUUGUUGGGAAAUCUUGUUCUUCUUAAACAUAAGAGUUUGAAAAUUAGUCUUAGCUCAAAUUUACUAAUUCAAAUUUUAUGUUAAUAGAAUCUGUAGUUAAACUUUCUGGUGAGUACAGAGCUUUGUCCAUUGUAUCUGUGGGGCUGGCAAAAAGUGUGAGUGCGGUGGAUUUUUACUCAUGAACAAUGAGUUUAUUUUGCUUUAUUUCCUCUGACAGAAAACCUUUAGGAUGUUUUUCUUUUGAGCUUUUGAGUAGUUGAAAGCUGAGUUUUUAAUUCUGCAUCAACAUGACUGUAAGAUACAUGGCAUCCUUUUCACUGUUUAAACAGAUCCAUAUUUAUUGAAGUUAAAAUGGUUUGAUUUUGCUGUGGCAUGAGCUUUGUAGUAUUGGGUAUAAAUGAAGGGAGAAGGAAGCUUUUGUUUUCGUACAUGUUAUUCUUUCCCAGUUUCAAAGAGAAUAAAACCUGGAAAGUUACUCAGAAACACUCUUUAGGUGCUAUGGGUUUUGUCUGACAGAAAUGCAGUACGUUAAUAAUUACUACAGUUAUAUAUUGAGACUCUUUUUCCUCCCUAUGUUAAUUGUUUCAUAUUGAAAGACAGAAUACUGUAUAAAAUGUUUUGAAAGUGUAUUGUAGAGCUCUUCUAAAAUACUUCUAAUAAACUAUUUUAUUUAUAUUGUA